AUGGCAACUCGACCACGGGGCCCUAUCGUUUCCUUGGCUCCUGCCCUGCUUCCAUCGAAAGUCACCUUGCCAGGUCGCACUAUUUCCCUGGAAAAACUCGACCUCAAGCAUGCCGACGACCUCUUCAGCUUUGUCGGUGGAAGUGAUUCAUCCAGAAGGUCUCUUUGGGACUACAUGGGCGACGGACCAUACACCCAGCUAGACACCUUCAGGAAUGCGAUCGCUUCGAAAUCAGCCUCCACCGACCCAUUCUUCUUUGCAGUGAUUGACCAGCGCAAUGACAGACCCAGCUGUGGAAAAGUGAUCGGAUACCUAACGCUGAUGCGAAUUACACCUGACCAUCUUACGAUUGAAAUCGGGAAUGUCCUAUUCUCAUCAGUUCUCCAGCGCACAGCUGCCUCAACAGAGGCGAUCUAUCUUCUUGCCAAGCAUGCAUUCGAGGAUUUGGGGUAUAGACGGCUAGAGUGGAAGUGUGACUCGCUUAAUGAGCCAUCGCGAAAGGCAGCAUUACGGUUUGGGUUUAAAUAUGAGGGGAUCUUUCGACAGCAUAUGGUUGUCAAGGGGAGGAGUAGGGAUACGGCUUGGUUUGCCAUGUUGAAGGAUGAGUGGAAUUCAUCGGUGAAAAUUGCUUUCGAGAGGUGGCUGGAUGAGGGGAAUUUUGAAGCUGAUGGGAGUCAGAAGAGGACGUUGCAUGGUUUGAGGGAUGAAUAA